AUGAAAAGAAAUCCUCAAGGGAAAGAACGAGCCUAUCACGAGAAGAGCGUGUUGGUUUGCACUGAUGUCAAGCUGUUGCAAAUCCCCUUUUACCUCAACACGGUGACCAUGCUCUUCCAAAAACCCAUCGUCAUCGACCCAUCAACUCAAACGCAGGCCUAUAGAGCCCUGGACGCGUUCCAAGAAGCUUUUCCAGCACAGUUGGCUAGUGCAGAGCGACGCAGCGGCCACUUGAUGCAGGCUGGAACUUGA